UUCAUCAUCAUAUACCCUAAUUAUGGAUGAAAAUAAAAUGUUAUCUGGAUUUCCAAACACUACUAACCCAAAUCCAAAUCCAUUAAUAUUUUCAUCUUCAUCACUCGGCCAAGAUGAUCAAGAUUGGUUGUGUGGCUCUAACCAUUAUAAUCAUCAUCAUCACCAAAUUAUGAUGAACAAUGUUUGAUGAUCAAUAAGGGUAAUGAUGAUGAUGAUGAUAAAAAUAAAGGAAAAACAAUGAAUAAUGAUAUUGGUAGGAAAAAGAAAGAUAGUAGUCGUCAUCAUCAAAGGGUUGCAUUUCAUACAAGGAGUGAUGAUGAUGUUCUAGAUGAUGGCUAUAGGUGGAGGAAAUAUGGCCAAAAAACUGUCAAGAACAACUCUCAUCCAAGGAGCUAUUACCGUUGUGCGCAUCAUACAUGUAGUGUAAAGAAACAGAUCCAACGGUUGUCAAAAGACAAAGAUGUGGUGGUGACAACAUAUGAGGGCAUCCAUAAUCAUCCCUCUCACAAUUUAAUGCAAGCUUUAGCCCCAAUUCUCAACCAGCUCCAAUUCCUUUCCACUACUAUAUAAAUAUAUACAUAAGCAAUAAAUAUAGUUUUAAUAAAGUAAAGUACGUACUUGAAAACAAAGUGCAUGCACACAUGAUAUUCGAUUACAUGUGUAUAUUAAUUAAUUCUUAUAUAAAAGAAACAUAAAAGACAUACAUAUAUAGCCUUGAUUGGCAGCUUAAUAAGGAUAUGUAUUAUACAACUAUAUAUACUCUUCAAUAAUCUUCUAAUUUUUGAUGCAUUUCUAAUUUAGAAGAUGGUGAUGUGUGAGGGUCUUUGAGGAUCUUGUGGCUAUAAAUUUAUUGAUGAAGAUACUCUUCCUUCAUGUUAUUAUCCAUAUGAAACUUGAGGGUUGGAUUUAGGGACAAGGUGACUAUGAUGUGAAAAUGUAUAUAUAGUUCGGGAAGUAACAUGUUUUUAUAAUUAAUGUUAUGUAUUUGGGAAGUACAAUAUUGAUGUGUAUGGUAAGAAUUAAUAAUGGGGUUUCAUUUUGAAAAAUUUAUAGUAAUGAGUAUAGCAACACAUGGUUUUAUAAAGAGUAUUGUUAUUUAAUAUUUUAAGGUUUGAAUAGAGGUGCUUAUAUAGGUGCUUGUUAGUUAGGGACCAAAUGAAAUCAUAAAAUAAUGGAUAAGAAAGAAUGCCCGAAUAUUUAUGUGUGUAUAUAUAUUUUUGGAUUGAUUAAUUUAAGUAAAAAGUAAUUUGUGGGUCUAGCAAGCAUCAAAGUAGAGUGUUUUUAUUGGAAUUGUCUUAAUUAAGUGAUUUACAUCAUAACUAUUAUAUUGAUGUGACACGUUAUAAUUAAUUAAUAAUUUUUGAUAAUAUUUAUUAAAUUAAAUUAAAUAGGAAC